AUGAAACUAACUGUUUCCAUCAUUGAGUGCAAGAAUCUAAUAGUUGGGGACCUAAUAACCAACCUUGCCGAUCCCUAUGUAAUUUGUACCAUCAAUGCUCCAGCACAAGAAAUUAGAGAAGAAGAAAAAGUUCUACCAUCACCCUCAGCAGUCAUUUCCACUCACAAAACACUCGCCGAUAAAGAAGGUGGAGUUAUUGGUUCUGCCUAUGGUUCAUUCGCAAGUUUACAACAUUUAAAUACUUUACAAAAUCCUUUACUAAGUAAUACAGUGGAGAAUAUAAAUCAAUCACCAACUACUCCAAGAAAAAAGUCACUAUGUAUUACUAGUAGUUUACAUCAAUCGAAUGAAUUGGCUAAAUACUAUUCACCUCCGACAACUAUUACUCCGACAACUCCUAGAUCUUCACGGAAAUUCUCAAGUAAUGAUUUGGCCAAAAAGAGAGCCUCUACUAGAACUAUCAAUAGUUCAAGUAGUGGAGGAAAUACAUCAAGUAUUUCUGAAGAUAUCCAUAGUGGUAGUAAUGGAAUUGGACACAUUGUCAAUGGACACAGAUCUUCCUCUUCAUCAGAUUCCAAUGAUAAAAACUCUGCAGUUACAAUGGACUCGCCAGUCUAUGAAUACGAGAAUAGGAGACCUUGUGAAUUUAAAAACAGAAAAAUCAUUGCACAGAAAAAGACUGAAAUCAUUUACAAUAAUUUGAAUCCAAUAUUUACGGAUGAACAUUUGGUUGUGGAGGGAAUUAAGGAUGAAUCAGUUGUGAAAAAUUGGAUAAUUACAUUGGAAGUGUUUGAUUAUGAUUAUAUGAAAUAUGAUGAUUAUUUGGGAAGUGUUGAAAUUUCAUUUGAAAAGUAUCAAAUUCAAGUUUUGCAACCAAUGGUUUUGACAGUGCCACUUGAAGGUGUUCCAAAUGGAGAAAUUACAAUUGAUAUUAAUCUAGGUGAAGAAUCGAAGGUUUUUGGUUUGGAAUUGGAAAAGAUCAUGUCACGUCAUCGUGAAAAGAUUCAUGGACUUGGCUUACCAAAAUGUGUUCAUGAUAUGUUUGUCUUUUUGUCUGAUGAGAUAUCUAUAUGUGAAGAGGGUAUAUUCAGAAUUCCUGGAAAGUCAGAUCUCAUUACAGCAAUCAAGAAACAAUACGAUCAAAAUGAGGAUAAAGAGAUUAAGAAUUACAUUCUUGAUCAGGAGAAGGUCUUUUUAACAGAUCCAGAACAGAAAAGAUCACCUGCCAUGGUUAAGAUAACAGCUUCUCUAUUGAAAGAUUUUAUCAGAUCCUUACCAACACCCCUUCUAACCUAUCAACUCUAUGAUGAAUUUGUGGAUUUAAAGAAUGAUGACAAGACAAUUUUAGAACUCAUUCAAAAAUUACCACCUCUCCAUCAACACUUGCUGUAUUGGUUACUUGCUUUGAUUUCAAUGAUUGAAUCUAAAUCACAACUCAACAAAAUGUCAGCCUCCAGCUUGGCAAGCGUGAUUGCUAUCAAUUUAUUAAGAAAAAAGGAUGAAAACAAGUCAGCCAAUUCCCUAGAAUCUCUCAGAAUGGAAACUGAUAGGGUUAUCAAAUGUGUAGAACUUCUCAUUAACAAGUAUCAAACCGUUCUCAAACCAUACUUUGAAAAGACUUACAGUUUUUUCAAACAACAAGAGUUGUAA